UCUAAUAGUAGGUGGAUAACGGAGCUGCUCGAAGUUUGUUUUUGUUGUCUCUCCCUGGAAAACAAUGGAAAAUUCCAAUGGAAUACACUAUAUAGAGCUAUCCCCAAAUCCCAUAAGAUUCGAUGCCGUUAGCCAGCUGACCAAUGUCUUUUUCGAUGAUUCUAAUAAACAGAUCUUUGCAGUCCGUUCGGGAGGAGCCACUGGGGUGGUGGUCAAGGGACCCGGCCCCACCGAGGACACCGUCAUCUCGUUUUGCAUGAACGACCGAGGUGGUGACAUCCGCUCCAUCAAGUUCUCGCCGGACAACCAAAUCCUGGCGGUGCAACGAAAGGAAAAUGCGGUGGAGUUUAUUUGCUUCAAUGGAGAUCAACCGCUGCUGCAGGACAUUAUUACACACCAAGUGAAGACCACCAUACAUGGCUUCGUGUGGGUCCACAACCGUGAGGUGGCCCUCAUCUCGAACACGGGCGUGGAGGUGUACACCGUGGUGGCGGAGAAGCGGCAAGUGCGCUCAGUCAAAUCCCUGAGCAUCGGCAUCAAGUGGUUCGCCUGGUGCUGCGAUGCCAAUGUGGCGCUGCUCUGCACCAGCGAGGGCAACUCUUUGAUUCCAGUGCUGGUCAAGCAGAAGGUCAUUACCAAGCUGCCCAAAGUGGACUUGGGUUCCCCCAGUCGCGAUGUGCAGGAGAGCAAGGUGACGCUGGGUCAGGUUUACGGCAUUCUUGCUGUGCUCAUCCUCCAGCCAAACAGCAGCUCAGGACAAAUGGAGGUCGAAGUGCAUUUGCUCAAUGGCCCAGGACUGGCGCCGCGCAAGUGCCACAUUCUUCGCUUAAGUCUGGUGGGCAGAUUUGCCAUAAAUACGGUGGACAACCUGAUUGUGGUCCAUCACCAGGCCUCUGGGACGUCCCUGCUCUUUGAUAUCUCCCUGCCCGGCGAGGUAAUCCAUGAUGUUACUCAUCAUGCUCCUAUAACGCCAGGUCGUUCAAUUAAACCCUUUGGCUUGAAGUUGCCUUCCCUAUCGCCCGACGGUCAGAUCCUGCAAUGCGAGUUGUAUUCGACUCACUGGGUGCUGUUCCAGCCCAACAUCGUCAUCGAUGCCAAAUUGGGCUGCAUGUGGUACCUUAAUCUGUGCAUUGAACCCUUGUGUCAUCUCAUUUCCGAUCGCAUUCGUCUCACCGAGUUCCUGCUGCAGCGGAGCAAUGGCAAGCAGGCCUUGUUGAAGGUUGUGGCUCAGCUCGUUGAUGAUCAGUACAAGGGCACCCUGUUGCCAGUGCUGGAGACCAUUUUUAGCAAGAUUAACAAGAUAUAUGCGUCCUGGGUGCAAUUGGAGCUGCAAAACCAAACUGCUCAGCCCUCGAAUGUCAAGACUUCCUCGCUGAAACAGGCUACGCCUCCUAUCGUGCUCAUUGAGCAGCUGGACAUGGUCCAGAUCUUCCAGCGGAUAGCCCGACGAUCCUACACGGAGUCCAUCCUCAUGCUAUACCUGCAAUCCCUGAACAAGUUCAAUAUUGCCGCUCAAGAGGAGCUGAGCAAGAUGAUUGUAAGCGAGCUGAUAAACAACCGCAGCUUUGAUACUCUAAGGCGUCUAGUCAGCUAUUCAAUGUUGCUGGAAUCGAAGGCGGUGGCCUGCUUUUUGCUGGCCCAUUCGGAUGUGGACACGGCCAUAUCCCAGGUGGCCAUCGAUAUGCUGGGCAGAAUUCAGGCGCAUGAGAUCAUCAUUGAAGUCAUGUUGGGCCAGGGCAAAGUUAUAGACGCCCUUCGACUGGCCAAAAACUCUCUGGGCCUGGAUAAGGUUCCAGCUCGCAAGUUUCUGGAGGCUGCUUACAAAACCAAAGAUGAUUUGAUUUUUCACAGCGUCUUUCGAUUCUUUCAAAUGCGCAAUUUGAAACUCUACGAGACUUUGUCCUUUCCCAAGGCCGAACAAUGCACCGAGUUUAUACAGCAUUAUAAUAAUACCUUUCCCGCUGAUAGUUCCAUAAAACCGGCUGUGAGCUAAGGCCAGGUCCUUAGUUAGAUUUUAUUUGUAUUAUAGAAAGCGUGCUUG